AUGGUGGCGAUUAUGGCCAUAGAGCUGCUGGCUUUCGAGGGCAAGUUGCACAGCGGGCGCACGAAUUGGGCCUGUCCCUUCGACUUUUGCAAGGAGAACUUCCCGACAGCAAAACUAUUGAUGCGGCACGUGCCUUUCUGCGAGCACUUUGCUAGCCAGAGGGUUUUCUGCAACAUGUGCUGCACGUACGACUGCUUGGAGACCCACGAGCUUCCAAGCUCAUCGUCCGUUUCGACUCAAAAGAGGGCUCUACGCAAAUUCGCCAAAAUCUUCACGCGCUCGAGAUCGCCGCUUCCGCAAUCCCCGGAGCCUGAGGAGACGCAGAGGGUAUCCAGCCCGCAGAGCCGGGCUAACACAGUCAGCCCAAGUUCCAGCAUGAGCGGCAAGUCGGCUACGAUGGGGUCUAUUUUUGAAUCACCAAGACAGAUUAAAAUGCAGUCGCCGUCUCCGGUUAACAGCCGAGACUUGCCCGCUCAGAUUAGCGAAAUGGGCGGGAACCCCAUUUCAGAGCUUAACGACUCGUCGCCUCCGCCAGAGCUGCCUGAUCACGUGCAUCAGCCACAGAUGUUGCCCAAUAUUGGAACAGGGCCAGAUCAGGAUGCUUGCAAUGUUCCAACACAGCAUGAAAUCUCAGGAUUCCAGCCAUUGAUCCAUGAUACGGCUACAACCAUAGAUCUAGAGAUGGAAGAUGAGCUAUUAGGCUUCAAUCCAUUCAAUGAGUCCUUCUUCACGACUCCCUUCCCCCAUCAUGAUGCCGGCAGAGAAACGCCAGCCCAGAAUUUUGGAUCCCAGGAAGGCCAGGUAGAUGUGAAUUUCAUGUACCAAAACGCAGUAUCAGAAUUUCCCACGGAGCUCAGCACGAGGCAAUUGCCAAAUGCUCUCUUACUAGACACCGGAUCUAUGGAAAGAAACCACCAGAAUGGUUCCCAAGACUCCUCAGCGCCCAACAGUUCCGUGCCUGAUCUUGACUCUCAGCCACUAGUCGGUAAUAAGAUGCCCCAACGGCCGCAUAUUUCUAUUCAGGUGAACCAACUCUCAGUCGUCGCCGUGGUCGGCAUCUCAAUCUUCAUCAUCUCACCCGUCCUCGGCAACUACCCUUUCGCCAUUCACCCCGAUUUCUCGCAGAGCUCACCAAUUCAACCCAAGCCUGGAGUCCCCCAUCACACCUGUUGA